UGACUUGUGAAGAGCGAUGAGAAAGGGGUUCCCGUUAAUCUCGUCAAUUGCGCAGGGGAUCGCUGCUAACUUCACUCGUCUGCCCAAAGUCCACGCGUUUCAAAGCCCAACAUUUUCUCCUACUUUUCUGUCUUCUUUUUACAUUACACUAUAUAUAUAUAGUGCCAUAACUGAUAAGUGAUAACCCUCCGUCCUUUAAUUGUCCUACAUCUCUCUCUGUCUACACAAUUCACGAGAAGAAAGAUGGAGGAAGAACAAGAGUAUCUUUUCAAGAUUGUAGUGAUUGGGGACUCUGCCGUUGGCAAAUCCAACUUGCUGUCCCGUUUUGCCCGUGAUGAAUUUGACCAUAACUCUAAGGCCACCAUUGGAGUCGAGUUUCAAACACAAGUUGUUGAAGUUGAUGGUAAGGAAAUUAAGGCACAGGUUUGGGACACUGCUGGUCAAGAACGUUUUCGGGCCGUCACUUCUGCUUAUUAUAGAGGCGCUGUUGGGGCUCUCAUUGUUUAUGACAUCAGUAGGAACACUACUUUUGAGAAUAUUAAACGAUGGCUUGAUGAACUCAACACCCACUGUGAUACAACAGUUGCAAGAAUGCUUGUUGGGAACAAGUGUGAUCUAGAGAAUAUCAGAGAUGUGAGUGUAGAAGAAGGGAAAAACCUUGCAGAAGAGGAAGGAUUAUUCUUUAUUGAAACAUCUGCUCUGGACUCUACUAAUGUGAAAACAGCCUUUGAAGUUGUCAUCCGUGAGAUAUACAAAAAUGUGAGCAGAAAAGUUCUCAACUCUGAGUCAUACAAGGCAGAAUUAUCUGUCAAUCGGGUCAGCCUUGCCAAUGGAACCGACAUGUCAAAGCAAAAAACGUCGUGCUGCACUAGCUAGUUUUGUUCAAUAACUCAUUGUGUUGAUCUUUUCUCUCUUUACCUAUCUAUUCUGCUCUGCCCUCAGUUUAAGAUGGGCAGUUGCUCAAGGGCGUGUCUUGUUUCCAUUUAGUUAAUUGUUGUGUUACUUGCAGUCUUGCAACCAAGAGGAGCAGUACACAAUAACCCCAGUAGGGUAUAAUUGUAUCUUUACGAGGCUACGAGAUAUAUUUUUUUGAGAAAGGAUUGAGUUUUACAUAACUCGUCAAGUUCGAAUCCUUCAUAGAGAUAAUGACCUUGUCGGGAGAUAUUAAAAA